CUGGUCAUCCUACUGAGCCCGCAAUCCAAGCAACAUGAAGAUGGCGGAAAAAAUACUAACAAACAUACCUCAAGGUUUUAACGCAGCUGUGGAAAAAAUCAAAAUUAUUCCUCAGGAUAUUUUUGCUGAGAUAUGUCAAGAUGUUGCUGAUUUUCUACAGUACAAACUUAGUGUGAUAGACACUGAACAACACCAAAAGAGGCUGAACCAGGCUGGUAUUGAUUGUGAUGCAAAAUUGGUUUCUAAUGUCAUCACCUACAUUUUCAGAUCAUCAGCUAAAGCCAAGGCAACACCCAACCAAUUAAUUGAAGAAUUGAGUGCCGCUAUGAUUUGGGAAGAGUCUUCACUUGCUGUUAUUAAACACAUUUGGAAUGAACAGGGGAACUUUUUGUGUAGUCCAGAUCUUGUGAAAACUUUAAAUGUUGGACAGUUGGUAGAUAUGAGGUGGAAGCUAAGCAUUGGGAUGAGCUCCAGCAUCUGUCGCAAUCUAAAUGCUCCAUAUAUCACUCUUUUGAUUACUGUUUCUGAUUCCUCUGGAAAUCUUAAGUCCAAAUCCUGUGAAUUAACAGUCAGUGAAUUCAAGAAAUUUUCUAGCCUGAUGAGAGAAAUGUCUUCAAUGCUUGAAACUGUUUAGAGACUGUACUCAACAGUGUGAUUCAAAAUCAUUCACUCGUUACCAUUCACUGGGUCUUUUAAUAUGCUACCAUAUGUAUAAUAAUGAUGAUCAAAAUAUAUAUAGAUUUGAAUUAAAUUUAUUGCAAAUUUUUAGUAAACAUAUUGAUUAAAA